AUGCACAACUCUGAUGAGCCAGACUUUGAAUUGAGGCCUGUUGUGCCGCGUCGAUCGUCCGCAGCCAGCUCGAACAGCGGCAAUGCUGCAUCAGAACAGCAGUGUUUCCUCGCCAACUUCGAUAAUGCUUAUAAUGUCGACAUUGAUCCAGAAGCUCUACGAACUCACGCGCCUGGGCAACAAUCUCAGAUUGACGUUCACGGAGACAUGGAAGAUGAGACUGAGGCGGCGACAGUCGAAGUCGACCAGUCAGUUCAUCACGCAGAUGUCGAUCCACGACUUCACUCACCUGAGCCGGAACCUCAAUCUCACGGCCACGAGGAUACCGCGAGUGUAGCUGGGGUAGAAUCAGCUGAAAGCAACGAAACAUCUCAGCAACCCGAUCCUAACCCACGAACCCACGCGCCUGAGCAGCACCCUCAAGUUGCUGUCAACAAGGAUGCUGGCAACGAAGUCGGCGCGGCUUCAGCCGAACAAGAGGACAGUGCGAUCCAUUCAGACCAAGCAGUCACCGACCAAGGUUCAGUAGUGAUGGCUUGGUGUCCAACCUGGUUGCGAGGCGAUAUUCUUGCAGGCUUUGCCGGCUUGUUCUUCCUCAUAACGGUUGCUCUUACGCUCAUCCUGUGGUACGACAGUAGACACGAUGGUGGCAUAGCAAAGUCUCAAGAUGGCUUCAUUCACGUUUGGGGCUUUGGCCCUACCUUUUUCUUCACCAUCAUCUCUGUCUUUUGGGCGAGAACUGAGCUUCAGGCUCUGCGAUACAUGCCUUGGAUUGCUUUGAAUGCAAAUGAGAAGUUGUCAGCAGACGAGAGUUUGCUCGGACUGGACUACCUGUCAAUGUCGUCGCCAAAGGUUCUUAUUGAAUCGAUACGGAGAAAACAUCACCUAGUGUCUCUUGCUGCUACCAUUUCGCUGCUUCUCAAGGCUCAGAUUACACUCUCUACUGGUCUGUUUAUCUUGAGUGAGGUUGGUAUCAACCAGCCCGUCAACGUUACGGUUAUGGAUUCAUUCGAUAUCAAUCGCGGCAAUUGGGAUCUUAACCAUACAAACAUCGGGUAUUACCUCGCUCGUGCGGGGUAUGAAUUCGGCAUGAUCUAUCCAUUUGGAGCCAGCGAAAUAGCACCCGGCACUGCGCUGGCGAAGGUGUGGGAGCCCUCCUUCAAUAUACCAAGGGCGGAAAUUCCCGACCCCGAUUCCAACUCCCUGACUGUCUUUCCGGAGAUUGAGCUUCCAGAUCCCUGGUUAACGCACAUCGCCAACGUCGAAAAUCGUAUCUACGCCGGCGAGAACGCUACAGUAGCCACUGAAUCAAGCCGUUCACAAGUCACUGCGACCGUCACAUACAAGGCACAGUCCCGGUUGGUUCAGAAUAAAACACCAACCUACGUUAUCGUCGCAAUCCUCACAGCCAUCAUUUUCGUCAAUGCAUGGAGUUUGCUUUCGGCUAUGAUUCGUCAUUUCAAAGGACGACAGUAUCGCAACAAGCUAUUGGAUAUGAAUGUCAAGGGUCUUGCGCCGGAGAACUACAACAGUAUUGCUGUCAUGAGUAGUCUGCUCAGCGAGUCAAAUCUGCCAACGUAUCUUCCCGUCAACACCCGGCUACUGUCUUCGGAGGAACUGCACAGCAUGCUCUCUGGUUUGAGCUUCCGCAUGGGCUGGUUUCAGCGAACAAAUCCAUCAUCAGAACCUAGCAAGCAUUUCACCAUUGGUGUUAUGGAGGAUGAGAACUUCGUCUUCUUGGGAAGCAAAGAGGACAUGAAGAAGAAGGAAGCGGACACUCAAGACCCUCCAUCUUGA